UUCUUUUCUUAAAUAGCUUGGGUUCGUACGGAAAGGACACUCUGGUUUAGUCUCCGCAGUUCCGAAGUCUGAUCACUCUAAGGACGAAACACAAAGCGACAGAUCAAUAUGCCGAAUUCUAAAGGUCUUAUGGAAAGGAUAAAGGAUGGGGAGACUGUCAUUGUUGCUGAGGGGUAUAUAUUUGCCUUUGAACGUCUUGGAUACCUGAAAGCCGGGCCGUUCACCCCUGAAGUUGUAGUGGACUAUCCUGAGCUUGUACGUCAGAUGUACAAAGACUUCGUGCGCGCAGGAAGUGACGUUGUCCAAGCAUUUACGUACUAUGGUCAUCGUAACAAGUUCAAGCUCGUCGGGCGGGAGGACGAGCUCGAGAAACAGAACCGUAUUGCCCUCAAGAUGGCAAGAGAGGUGGCUGACGAAACGGGAGCCUUGAUGUGCGGUGACCUGAGUAAUACGUUUGUUUAUGAACCUGACAACGAGGAGGCGAUCGCUACCACAAAGCAGAUGUUCAAGGAGCAAGUUGAGUGGGCGGUUGACGAGGGGGCCGAUUUUAUUGUGGGCGAGACAUUUGGUCACCUAGGUGAAGCGAUUCUUGCAACCAAGGCCAUAAAGGAGUAUGGAAAAGGUGUACCAGCAGUUAUCACCAUGGGAACGCAUUUCAGCAAGUAUUCCGAAGAUGGCAAGAUAUCGACCGCUGACGAUGUCGAGUUCAACGAAGCCCUUCGACGUCUCGUAGCCGCCGGUGCCGAUGUCGUUGGCUUUAACUGUAUGUCGGGACCAACGUCUAUGCUUCCCUUGCUCGAGAGUGCAACAAAGGCUAAUAUCGGGGCUCCUUUGGCUGCUCUACCAGUGCCAUACAGGACAACUUUGGAAGAACCAAAUUUCACAUGCAUCAAAGAUCCAGCAACAGGACAGCGAGCCUUUUAUACCGACCUAGACUGCCUUCUCUGCUCUCGCACUGACAUCGUCAAGUUCACUGAGCGUUGCGCCCAACUCAAAAUACCAUACCUGGGACUAUGCUGCGGAAACUCGCCUCACUAUACCCGAACCAUGGCCGAAACUCUGGGUAGGGUCACAGAGGCAUCCAAGUUUUCACCAGACAUGUCUAAACAUGGAUUCUAUGGUUCAAAAGAUGGAAAGGUCAACACGUACUACACCAAAAUGACCCAAGAUCUGCCAGCAUCUAGACCCAUUGUCAUAAAGGAAUAGAGAAGACUACACUCGGGGAGCGAUAAUUGCAUCAAAAGUGGAAAAGGUGAUUUUUCGAAGGGUCAGUCAGCUUCAGCUACAAAAGCACAUACGGAGGAAGAACGAGGAGAAUAAAAAAAAUGAAAUUGAAUAUUUGAUUUUCAUUAUUGCAUUGUAGUUAACGGAUCACAUAUAACCUAUAAAAUACAGACAC